AUGCCUUCAAAAGACCAUGUUACAGGUUAUGGUACCAACUCGCAAGGCAAUAGUUACGACACAAGAGUCGAUUCAAGUGGAAAUCAAGGUUACCACUGUUCAAACUCGAAUGGAUCAUACUACUAUUCCAAUACCAAUGGAUCGACCUACUACAACAGUGGUAAUGGAUAUGCCGAAUACACUUCUCCAUCAGGUGAUAAAUCUACCUCUUACUCUGGUAACGACAAGAAAUAA